AUGUACCUCGAAAUCAGUGUCACCACUAAACCAACACACACCACCACGACCUCCUCCUCUAACCCUCUCAACUGCACAAUAACCUACUCGGGCGUAGGCUCCGACUCUAUCGACCUCAACCCAGCCAACAACCUCAUCACCCGCACAGCCCUCUACGUCCUCCGCUGUCACUCCCAACGUACCUUUCCGCCCUCCACCCAUGUGCACAUCAACAAUCCCAUCCCCCUCGGUCGCGGUCUAGGCUCCUCUGGCGCCGCUGUAGUCGGCGGCGUCAUGCUCGGCAACAUCUGUGGGGACCUCUCCCUGCCCAAGUCACGUCUGCUAGAUUUCGCACUAAUGGUCGAGCGACAUCCCGAUAACGUGGCUGCAGCGCUUUACGGUGGGUUUGUGGGAACGUACCUGAACGAGUUGAACCCGGAGGACAUGGCGCGGAAGGAGGUCCCUCUGGCAGAGGUAUUGCCUCAACCUGCUGGAGGGGAAGAUACUGGGUUGAUGCCGCCAGUGCCACCGAAUGAUAUUGGGCAUUUCAGGCGGUUUGAUUGGAGUGGGGAAUUGAAGGCUGUGGCUAUUAUUCCAGAUUUCGAGGUCAGUACGGCAAAGGCUAGGGAGGUUUUGCCGCAGAGUUAUUCGAGGAAGGAUAUGAUAUUCAACUUGCAGAGACUUGCGUUACUAACCACAGUACUCUCGGACUCACCACCAGAUCCAGAUCUGAUCUACUCAGCCAUGCAGGACAAAAUCCAUCAGCCGUAUCGAGCUGGUCUGAUUCCAGGGCUUACAGAGAUUCUGCAAUCUGUAACACCAAAGUCACAUGCUGGACUUUGUGGUAUUUGUCUAUCUGGUGCUGGCCCAACAAUACUGGCACUAGCAACUGCAAACUUUGAAAAGAUCGCAGAGACGAUAACAGCACGCUUCAAACAGGAGGGCAUUGCAUGUGACUGGAGGAUAUUAGAACCUGCUGAGGAUGGUACAACGGUCACGGAAGUGCCUGACAGCUAA